AUGGGGCGCGCGCCGUGCUGCGAGAACAGCGGGCUGAAGAAGGGGCCGUGGACGCCCGAGGAGGACGAGAGGCUCGUCGCCUACAUCAAGGAGCACGGCCAGGGCAACUGGCGCACGCUCCCCAAGAAUGCCGGCCUCUCGCGGUGCGGGAAGAGCUGCCGGCUGCGGUGGACGAACUACCUCAGGCCGGACAUCAAGCGCGGCCGCUUCUCCUUCGAGGAGGAGGAGGCCAUCAUCCAGCUCCACAGCAUCCUUGGCAACAAGUGGUCAGCGAUCGCGGCGCGGCUGCCCGGCCGGACGGACAACGAGAUCAAGAACUACUGGAACACGCACAUCCGCAAGCGCCUGCUCCGCAUGGGCAUCGACCCCGUUACCCACGCGCCGCGUCUCGACAUCCUCGACCUCACCUCCCUCCUCAAGCCCGCCGCCGCGUACUACCCCACGCAGGCUGACCUCGAAACGCUCCGCGCGCUCGAGCCGCUCGCCAGCUACCCGGACCUGCUCCGCCUCGCCUCCACCCUCCUCCCCGCAGCCACGACCGGCGCCGCCGCCGAGCAGACGCAGCUUCUGCUUCCGUGGCUGCUUCAGGCGCAGAUGGCGCAGCAGGCCGCCGCCACCAUGGCGCAGCAGCAAGUGACGCCACCGCCGCUGGCCACUGCGGCCGAACAGUUCUUGCAGGCCAGCACCGCCUGCCAAAUGCCAGGCUUGGUUCACGCCAGCCCGACGCAGCAGCUGGCGCAGCAACCGCAGGAUCACAUGGCCGCCGCCUGCCACGGCGCCGUGCAGCUACCGAGCUACGACAACCAGCUCGACUACGUGCCGGCGCUGAUGCAGAUGGCGUCCGACGCGUUCAACCUGCAGCAGUGGAGCAGCACGGUCUCGAGUAGCAACAACAACAACAACCACAACGUCAACUCCGGCGUGUCCACGCCGUCGUCGAGCCCAGCAGCAGCAGGGCGGAUGAACUCAUCCUCUACGACGACAACAACAACGUACGGCUUGAACUUGAGCGGCGACGUCGUCAUCACGGCCGACGACGACGCCGGGCUUCUCAACAGGCACCUGUCCGAGCUCCUCGACGUGAGCGACUACAUGUAAUAAGAUUUUUCCUUCUGUGGAAACUGAGCCGAAUCGAACACUCCACGCCAUGUACCAAAGGGGCAAAGCAUGAUCACAAGGGCAAUUUUUGUACAGGAUUGUACCGCCAUUUCUAUCCAGUUCUUGGCUAU